AUGCCCCAACAUCGAGUCUGGCAGGCAGAUUUAUUCCUUUUGGAGCAUUGGGAAGAAGACUCCCCUCUAUCUAUUGAUGCCCAACGCGAGGAAAUCUUCGCUAAAUUUGUGGCGCUUGAAAGGCGUGACCGCGAGCCGUAUCGAAAGCAGCUGGAAAAACUAAGGAGGGAGUCUUCAGGAAAUCUUCCAAAAAAUUGCCAAGAGCUAUUGGAUCGUGUCCGCCUACCUGCUGAGCGUCAAAUGCAGGAUCUGAACUGGGUUCGCACCUGCUAUGACCCUUCUUUAGAGGAAUCUUGGGCUCAGAUUCAAAAUACUAUUGAAAACACCGUCAUGGGCGAAUCAAAAGUUUUCAACGACCCAUCUUUAUAUGACUUCGGCUCCGAUUGGGAGAAAAUCUUUCUUCGCGCUCCACAGCUACUUGAGAGUCAUGAGUCGAUUGAAGAUCACGAAGAAUACCUUCAGGAGGCCCUGGAUUAUGCAAUUGAUGCGGAAAGUGGUGGUGCCGACCUUGCUGAGGAUGCCAGAGCCCUUGACUCAGAGGAUGAAGACCCUUGGAUAUCUUUUUACUCAGAGUAUAUGUUCCAGUUAGCACAAGGGCGUAUUUAUAUCGUUGAUAGAAAAACUCUGUCUUCCAAAGGCCGCAACGCAGGGAAAGUCAUCGUGGUGUGGUUUGACGAGUGUGGUCGGACAAUCCGCUACUUUCGUGAGAAAGUGAUGGACGCAGCGGAAUUUGCGAGCCUUGAUCCUUGUUAUCUCAAAGAGUAUCCGUGCUGGGAAUAUGCGGAGAUUGGGGAAUCCUAUGAUUGGGGAACACCCUUAGGACCUCCCUAUGGCGAGGGCCGCGGAGAAACAUGUGAUCCUGAGUAG